GACACGAAGUUACCCGCCCCGCUCAAGCCUGAGAUGUCCAUCUGGAGAGGCCCGUUCCUCUGGGAAAUGCAACUCCUCUCCUGAAGGCAGCUCACCUUCCCCUGCUCAUUAAGCCUCCAAGCGAGUUCCGAGUUCCCCUCAGGGGCUGCCAUGAAGACAGUCUGCAGGGGUCAAUGACCACUCUCUCUCCCGAGAACAGCCUGUCGGCCAGGCAGUCGGCCUCCUUCAUCCUGGCGAAGAGAAAACCACCUAUUGACAAGACAGAAUGGAGUAGCUUCUUUGAUGAGAAUGGUUACUUGGCCAAGUCCGGGGACUUCAUUUGUGUUAACAUCCUAGAGAGGGGCCUGGAUCCUGGAGUCAGGACGGAAGCCUGGAAGUUCCUCACCGGCUACUACUCGUGGCAGAGUUCCCAGGACGAACGGCUCACAAUGGACAGCACAAGGAGGAAGAACUACGAGGCCCUGUGCCAAAUGUAUGAGAAGAUUCAGCCCCUUCUGGAGAAUUUGCACCGGAACUUUGCCGAGACUCAAUACAACAUUGCAUGUGACAUCCAGAAGCUCUAUGACAAAGACCCACUGGGCAAUGUCCUGGUGGACAAGAAGAGGCUGGAGAAGACCCUGCUGCUGAGCUAUGUAUGCAACACCCAGGCAGAGUACCAGCAGGGCUUCCAUGAGAUGGUGAUGCUCUUCCAGCUCAUAGCAGAGCACGACCACGAGACCUUCUGGCUCUUUCAGUUCUUCCUGCAGAAAACGGAGAACAGCUGUGUCAUCACCAUCGGCGUGGGCAAGAACCUGGACAUGCUCAGCCGCCUCAUCGCUCUCCUGGACCCCACAUUUUCUGAGCACUUGCAAGGGAAGGGCGUGGGCGCAGUACAGGCCCUCUUCCCUUGGUUCUGCCUCUGCUUCCAGCAUGCCUUCAAAUCCUUUGAUGAUGUCUGGCGGCUCUGGGAGGUCCUGCUGACUGGGAAGCCCUGCCGGAACCUGCAGGUGCUGGUGGCCUAUAGCAUGCUGCAGAUGGUGCGCGAGCAGGUGCUGCUAGAGGGCAUGAGUGGUGACGCCAUCCUCCUGGCUUGCAACAACCUCAUUGAUCUUGACGCGGAUGAACUGAUCUCUGCUGCCUGCAUGGUUUAUGCUGAGCUCAUCCAAAAGGAUGUUCCCCAGCCACUGAAAGAUUUCUUUCUCUGAAGACACUGACACCCAUGAUAAACAGAUGCCCUCGAUGCACAGGGUGACCUUGAACGAGAUGACAAAGUCAGGACCAAGCCGGAUGGAGUGUGAGGAUGCGGGUGCCAGUAAUACAGCCG